AUGAGUUCUCCCAAACGUCGCAUUGAAACUGAUGUUAUGAAACUUCUUAUGAGUGAUUACGAAGUUACUCUAGUUAACGAUAACAUGCAAGAAUUUUAUGUCAAAUUCAAUGGCCCUGCAGAAACCCCUUACGCAGACGGUAUUUGGAAGGUUCACGUUGAACUCCCUGAUCAGUAUCCAUACAAGUCGCCUUCGAUAGGCUUUGUUAACAAAGUUUUCCACCCUAACAUAGACGAACUCAGUGGAUCUGUAUGCUUGGAUGUGAUAAACCAGACUUGGAGUCCUAUGUUUGACCUGUUGAAUAUCUUUGAAGUGUUUCUUCCACAGCUUUUGAGAUACCCUAAUCCUUCGGAUCCUUUAAAUGGAGAUGCAUCCGCGUUAUUAAUGAGAGAGCCUAAGAGAUAUGAACAAAAAGUGCAGGAAUACGUCACUCGGUAUGCAUCUAAGGCAGCUCUUGAUGCAAAUGAUGACGAGUCUAGUUCUGACGACGAAAUGUCAUCUGUUGGAUCGUUUUCUGACGAUGAUGAGGCUGUUGGAAAGAUUGAAGUUUAA